GGACAUCCAUGAAGUUCAAUGAGACAUUAAAAGCUCAAUUGUGCGCGUUUAUCUUGAUGCAGAGUAAAUCGAGACAGUUGGCACAACAUUUAGUUCUUGUAACAUUCGUCUGAAGGAGGAAAAUGCGUUUGAUCAUUGUUUUAUCUUUUGUUGUGUCCCAGUGUAUCGUAAGUUAUCAACAGAGCAUGACUCGGUGUCCUGAUGGGUGGGUCUACUUCCGCCAGUCUUGCUAUCAGUUUGCGGAUGAAAUGAAAUUCAGCUUGACAGAAGCGACGCACCAUUGUUCAUCUCGACAUGCUCAUUUGGCCAAAGUGGAAAGCAAGGCUGAGGACCUAUUCCUCCAAGAUUUUGCUGGGCGUCUGUACAAACAUGUUCCUGACCACACAUUUGCCAAUUCAUUCUGGCUCGGUGGCACGGAUUCGAACAUAGAGGGUAUCUGGACCUGGUACUCGGACGAUUCUGACUUGAUAUACACCAGCUGGCCUCAGGGUCACCCGGGCCCCACGGGCGAUCACCAGGACUGUCUGAUAUUGUUCGCUCCUAACAACUACCAGUGGUACGAUUUCGAGUGUGAAAUACUUGCACACCCUUUGUGUGAGAUCGAAUUAAACGUAGAAGCCGCUGCUGUUGUUAUAGGAUAAAGAUAGCAGAAUAUUGGUGAAUGGAAAGAUGUCAUGGAAUCCAUCGUAAACAAUAUAUUUGCGUUCACUCAUUCAAUUAAAAAAAUGUCUAAAAAUAAAACAGGUGAAUUUUA